CUUUUCACCGACCACCGUAUUCGGUAUUCAUUUCAGCGCUUUUCAUGAGUUUACUUUUAUUUUCCGUAGUUGUCUUUGUGAAUAAAGCGAAUGGAAUUACUUUAGUAUUUGUCUAAAAUUGCAAAGUACGUAUAUUUAAGUACCUAUAAACAAUGAAGAAAGGCUACAAAGUGACCGACGUGAAAAGGAAAAAGAAAAUUGGUGUAGCGGCAGAAAAUUUACAAGAACUAAUAUCGAAAUCCUGCCAGAAGUUUGGUUUCAAUGUCAGUUGCGCAGAAUGUCGCCUUUAUGUGGCUGAGGAUGGGACACUUGUUGAUGAUGAUGAUUACCUUCACACAUUACCCCCUCAAACUCUUUUUAUAUUGCUGCAGGCCACUGAAAAUAUGGUUACAGACUUUGAUUACUAUUAUGAAAUGAUACGGUCCACAAAAAAGGAUUAUAUAGACACUGGGAUGGCUGCAAAAAACUUUCUUACAACGAACAUAAAGGAAAAGUUUAAAGUAUUUCAAAGAUACAUUGCGGCAGCAGAUGAUGCUAGAACAAUGUUGAGUGAACGGACACAGGAUCCUGACUGGUUUGCAGGUUUGGAGCCAUCGGAGAAAACAAAGGAGCAAUGUAUGUCCAAACGCGUAAAGGAAAGAAUGAGAGGUUACUAUUAUAAAACAAAAACAGCAUUGCAGAAAUCUGAAAUUUACACCUGCUCCAAAAAUGGUAAAGGCAAGACACUCAUUGAUAUGUUUCUACUAGAUCUGAGAAAAAUUCUAGAACAGAACAAAUACAAUGAUACUUACUUCAAUAGGAAAGUUAAAGAGAGUGAGCGGAUGUGUAAGAGCAAUGGUCUCUUUGAGUGCGGUGGUCUCUGGGACGAUAACACUUGCAAGUUUGCUGAUCACAUCAUCAAUCCAUAUCGCAGUCGAGAAGAGCGAAUCCUGUUCCAAACUUGGAAUUUGGAUCACAAGGUUGAGCUUUCGAGGUCAAUUGUACCGAAAAUUCUAACUUCCGUGCAAUGCAUCCUACAGGGUGACAUUAAAUGUGUUACGUGCCAGGGUGAUUUCCAUCAAGGUUUUAUUGAAAUUGACAGAUAUUAUAUACAAAUAUUUACGAGACAAAACUUAAAAUUGGUGCACAUUGUUUGCCAUGAUAAAAGCAAACAUGGAGCCGAUUCUGCAGUUUACACUUUAUGCCAGAAGUGCAAUAGCAGAAAAAGUAUUCAGUACCAUAACUAACUUUAAGGACACAGUUUUAAUCUUCAUACCUAAUUAAUUAAUUAAUUAAUUCUCGAAUAAUAUGUAUUUUAGCUUUUUUACUAAAGACUAUAUUUUUCUAUCAAGAUGGAUUUAUACAACAAUGUUUUGCCUACAUUCAAAGAAUAUAUUUUUUGUUGUAUCCAUUUUCUGUUCUACUUGACUACAAGUCAAUAAUAAAAUCUUAUUUAAUAUUUGCUUAUCUC